AUGCCGAGCGAGUUUGGUGAUUCCGACCUGGACGAUUUUAUUGUGACGAGCCAGGACUCUGUUUUUGAUCCCCCCGACAAGGAUGCGGAUUCCGCGCGUUCCCCGAAGAGAAGACGUCUGAAUAAUGGUGCUACUGCGCGAAAAUCGACAGAAGCAGGGAAUAAAAUCCAAUCAAGUGAAUAUGGAUCUGAUGACUGGGAUGAUGAUCUACCUACGCCGUGUCGCUCACGUGGAGACUCUGGAUUCGAGGAGAGUGAAGAACAGCGUUCGAAAUAUAAAAUAUACGUGCCAAAGAAGACAAUAAGCAUUCAAGAAAACACGUUCGUGUCGCAAACGCAACCGCAUUCCAGUCCAUCGCAUAUUCGAGGUCCGAGAUGGAGGAAGCCAGAAAUACCGGUAUACGCUGGUCAGCAAGCGAUUACUCCGCAAACGAGUGUCAAUAACACCACAGGCGAAGAAGACGACGAUCUCCGGGCAGCUAUAGAGGCUUCAAUGCAUUCUUUUGAAGAAGAGCGUGGAAGUCGGCCAGAGUUGGAUGAUGACGUGGCUGAUGUUUGUGCGCAAACAGGAUCUAGCUCAAAACAGGCAGCAACUUCUUUACAGCAAGAUGGGGGCUUCGAUCUCGAUGAUAUCCCAGAGGAUGCAUUUGAUUCAUCUCCAUGUUUGUCACCUCCAGGUGAACUUACAACGUCAACCUCGACCAGACCAAUACAGUCACAGAGGACGAAUCUCCGACAGACAACCCUAUUUCCGUUAGCUACACGAGACUCAACCCAAGGAAUUCGAAACGUGUCUCCACCGCCGAGAGACGAGCCACCGACACAUCACAAACUGGAUCAGCAUGAGCUGAAUACUUGGGGAUUGUUUCACAACCUUUUAGUGGCUCUUCCUACCGGCCUUGGAAAGACAUUCAUCGCUGCUACGGUGAUGUUGAAUUGGUUCAGGUGGACAAAGGAUGCUCAAAUAGUUUUCACUGCACCGACGAAACCCUUGGUCUCCCAACAAGUCACGGCAUGUUUGGGUAUUGCCGGUAUACCACGUUCACAUACCACUCUCCUUACGGGUAAUAUUCCUCCAGGAACUCGUGCCGAGGAAUGGCAAACGAAGAGGGUCUUCUUUAUGACACCUCAGACUCUUAUUAAUGAUCUCAAAACGGGUAUCGCAGACCCGAAGCGUAUCGUUUUGCUGGUCGUUGACGAGGCUCAUCGGGCUACUGGUGGUUACGCUUACGUUGAAGUCGUCAAGUUUCUGAGACGUUUCAAUCAGAGUUUCCGAGUACUAGCACUCACUGCAACUCCCGGCUCUACCGUGGAAGCGGUUCAAGCUGUCAUUGACGGUUUGGACAUAUCCAGAGUGGAGAUUCGUACCGAGCAAUCAUUGGACAUUAGAGAGUACGUACACGCACGCAAUGUUGAUGUACAAACCUUUACGAAUUCGGAAGAGAUGACUCUCUGUAUGGAUCUUAUGACCGAGGCACUGCAACCAUGUGUUGAUCAGCUGCGAAAUAUGAACGCUUACUGGGGACGUGAUCCAAUGAUGCUCACUGCGUAUGGCCUGACCAAGGCCCGACAGCAAUGGAUGGCCUCUGAUGCAGGUCGAAAUGCAAACUUUGGUGUGAAAGGCAAAGUCAAUGCUUUGUUCACAGUGCUUGCUAGUUUGGCACAUUCGAUAGAUCUGUUGAAGUAUCAUGGCAUUGUCCCGUUUUAUAACCAUUUGGUAUCGUUCAAGUCGAAUACGGAUGGCCAGAAAGGGGGCAAACAUCAGCGCGCUAUAGUCCAGGAUGACAAUUUCAAGAAGCUUAUGGAUCGCCUUCAACCCUGGUGCCGAGAUCCUGAAUUCAUCGGACACCCUAAGCUGGGAUAUCUCAGAGAAAUAGUUCUGAACCAUUUCAUGGACGCUGGAGAAGGGACUAAUGGCACAUCAAAUACGAGGCUCAUGAUUUUUGCCCACUUUCGUGACAGUGCCGAGGAGAUUACAAGAGUGCUCAGGCGCCAUGAACCCAUAAUUCGUCCACAUGUCUUUGUAGGACAAGCCAGUGCCAAGGGUUCAGAGGGUAUGGAUCAAAAGACUCAACUAAGUGUUAUUGAGAAGUUCAAGAAUGGUACAUACAAUACCAUUGUCGCAACAUCAAUUGGCGAGGAAGGUUUAGAUAUUGGUGAAGUGGACCUUAUUGUGUGUUACGAUUCCUCUGCCAGUCCGAUCCGAAUGUUGCAAAGAAUGGGACGUACCGGACGUAAGCGUGCUGGAAACAUUAUUCUGCUGCUGAUGCAAGGAAAGGAAGAAGAGUCGUAUAUCAGAGCGAAAGACAACUAUGAAAAGAUGCAAGAACUCAUUGCUAGCGGCUCUCGGUUUGAAUUUCAUGAUGAUAAAUCGGCACGCAUCUUACCCAAAGACCUGAAGCCAACAGUGGACAAGCGUGUUGUUGAAAUUCCACCUGAGAACUCGCAAGAGGACCUUCCUGAGCCGAAGAAGAAAGGGCGCGCUCCGAAACGACCUCCUAAGAGGUUCCACAUGCCAGAUGGAGUCGAGACUGGCUUCACGAAAGCAUCUCGGAUUAGUGAAGGCGUUGAUAUUCGCAGCAUGCUACAAGGUGAGAAAGGGAACAAAUCGAAACCGAAGAAGCAAAGAACACCUUGUCCUGUUGAAGUAGUCAAAGUGCCCUCUUCUGGGGAAGUGACAUUGACGCCCGACGAAGAACAUGAACUGGAGCUUAGAUACCGCAAUGUUGGUGGCACCACACCUCAAUUUAUCUGUCGACCCCGUAAUGACGCUUUUCCCAGAUUGCAGCGAAUCUCUAGGCCAACAAAGUUGGUACAGCACGGAUCAUUUACGCGACGAAUGGUGGGCGUUUUGCAAAAGAUGAAUGCCACAUCGCUCGACUGCGAUGAGAAAUAUGAAUCGAUUAUUGAGGACAUUCGACACAAGGCUAGUACAAUGCCGAGAAGAGAUACGACUACUGCCACCAAGAGAUCAGGAAAAUCUACAACGUCCAGUACUUUGCCGAUGAACUCAAAACGCAAGAACAGCAAUACCGUCCGACGAGCAAAAAGCCCAUCUCCUGCACGCCAAACGAACACUAUAUCUCCAGAUUCUCCAUUGAUGUGUUCGCAAUAUGAUGCCACCGAGGACGAGAAUAAUUACAAACCGUUCUUUGUCUCUCAAAUAAGUGGUAUGGAUGAUUCAGGUUCUGAUUUACCAGAUAUUGAAACACUCGUGCGGGGAGUUGAUUCCAGAAAGUCAAAAUCGAGACCGACAGUGAUUGAUAGUGAUGAUGAUGACGACGAUGAUUUUGAUUUCUUCAAUUAAUAAUACAAAUUUAUGCUUCUUGAACACAUUUUUUGAUAUCUAUGACCUGUUCUCAAACUGGGUUGAAGAGCAUGUAAAUAUUCUUUACUCCUACAGUUUUAACUCAACCAAUGCCUUCAUUUCCUGUAUG